GCAACAAGUCCAGACACACACCGACUGAUCGCUGCUGGACAAGCGAUGCACGACACACUCAUCCGACCCACACAACCUGAGGACAGGACACACUGACAACAUCCACGCAUCAACACCGAGCUGUGAUUAUUGGACGCGCGCGCUCCGGCGUGUUUUGUAGCCGUCCUUGUUCCUCAAAUCAUCGGACUACCUGUCAGAGCGACAAAGUGACAAAUUCACGGACGCUAUCGCUGCAGAUUUCUGGACCUGACGAUGACCCUGGAGGAUGAUCUGACAACAGCGGCGGCGACGGGAAACGCGGCAGAUGUGGAGUCCCUCCUGCGGGCAGGAGCUGAAGUUAACGGGGUCAACUGUUUUGGACGGACCGCUCUGCAGGUGAUGAUGAUGGGGAGCACGUCGGUGGCUCAGAUGUUACUGAAGCACGGAGCGGAUCCCAACGUGGCGGACGGAAGCACCGGGAGCACCCCGCUGCAUGACGCGGCCAGGACGGGCUUUUUGGACACUGUGCGGCUGCUGGUGCAACAUCUGGCUGACCCGCAGGCCAGAGACAAUAAUAACUAUCGGCCUGUUGAUUUGGCCAUACAGAACAGUCAUACAGAUGUGGCUGAUUUUCUGCAGUCUCUGUAAAACCCUCACUGAUGUGUGUUUUGAGUUGGGACUCACGGGGCUUAGAGAGACGGGGCCUGAGGAGGCCUCCAACCCGAACUUACAUGGACUGUUUUGCUGUAAAACAUUUUUUAUUUAUUUGUAAGAUUUUUUUGCUGAAUAGGUUUUUUUUUAUUUUUAACGAAAUCGGGGUAUUCGCGUUGGGUCGCUGUUGUGACAAAAUACCAUGAGAUCUAAAGCCUGGGGAAUAUUCAGUUCACAGGAACCUUAAAAACAAUUUGUUGCAGAUUUAUCUUCUGUUGUAGGCUAUAAAAGAAAUAUUCCAAUAAGCAUAUAAGGAAUAAUGUCGUGUACAGUUUUACUUUAACCCUUUGAAGCCAAGAAAACUAAUUUGAUUUCUUUCAAAAACAUAGGGGAAAGGCAAUAAGCAACG